AUGAAGCAAACAAUAUUCUUUUCACUCCUCCUAGUACUAUUUGCUCCCAUCUUUUCUACCACCACUUUAGCCCAGUCACCAGCUGCAGCCCCUAAAGCCCCAGCAAAACCUGCUCCUUCCUCACCAGCUCCAGCACCAGCAAAACCAUUAGUCCCCUCAUUACCCCAAUCACCUAUGGCUGAUUCUUCUUCUGGUCAAGACAUCAUCAAAAUUCUAAGGAAGGCUAAAUCAUUCAGCACACUAAUCCGCUUGCUCAAAACCACCCAAAUUAUCAACCAAAUCAAUGCACAGCUGGUAACUACAAAAUCUGGUGGUUUAACCAUUCUAGCACCAGAUGAUGGUGCCUUCUCACAACUCAAAGCAGGUUACUUCAACUCUCUGGAUGGGCGCCAACAGAAAGAACUGAUACAGUUUCAUGUUCUUCCCGUUUAUGUGUCAAGCUCAAACUUUGAUUCUCUCAGCAACCCCGUGCUGACACUGGCCAGUGAUAGCCCCACUGGGUAUCAAUUAAAUGUGACAGCUUAUGGAAACAGUGUGAAUAUUUCAACUGGGGUGGUAAGUGCAACACUCACAGGCAUUGUGUAUUCGGAUAAGACACUUGCCAUAUAUCAUGUGGACAAGGUGCUUAUUCCUUUGGAUUUCUCUAAGCCUAGGCCACCAGCUCCUGCACCCUCUCUGGCGAAGGCACCUAAAGCUGAUAAGGAUAACUCAUCUGCAGAAGAUGGUGAUCAGGGAGAGACAACCAAAGCCACUUCUGGUGCCAUCAAUUUAAUUAGCAUUCCAAGAACAAUGUUGGUGUCACUUGGUGUUGCUUUAGUUGCUGCAUUAAUAAUCUCCAGUUGA